AUGGACUACCUCCCCGAAGAAAAGCAAAGAGGCAUAACCAUAACCUCCGCCGCUAUAACCCUCGAAUGGCCUCCCCACCCACCCCACGCAACCACAAAGGACAUCCUGUCCCUUCCGAUCCACACAAUAAACCUUAUCGACACACCCGGUCACGCAGACUUCACAUUCGAAGUGGAACGCUCAAUCCGUGUGUUAGACGGUGCAGUAACUAUUCUAGACGGUGUGGCAGGGGUAGAAGCCCAAACCGAAACUGUCUGGCGACAAGCUGAUCGGUAUCAUAUACCCCGUAUUAUCUAUGUCAACAAAAUGGACCGUGAAGGUGCAGUGUUCGGAAGGGUUGUGAAGGAUAUCGCUGCUAGACUUAAUGUCUGGCCGGCAGUUACUCAGAUCCCCAUUCAUGGGAAUAUGAAGGAAGGGCUUCUCGGUGGGGUCGUCGACCUACUUCAUAUGAAUAUCAUAAACUGGAAACACGAAACGGAGGGUAGGGGGAUGACGCUUACACCCCUCGAAUCGAUCAAAGAAAAACAUCCAGAACUCUACGUAGAGGCUAUAAAGGCUCGAACAGCGCUAGUAGAACUCCUAGCGGAAUGGGACGAAGCAAUUCUCUCAAAAUUCGUGGAAACGGAAGAUCAAGCUUCCAUUACCGCCGAGGACCUAAAACGCGCACUGAGGUUUUGCACUUUGAAUCCGCAUACGAGAGUUAUCCCCGUGCUUAUGGGUGCUUCGCGGGUUAAUAUGGGUGUACAACCGGUUUUGGACGCAGUAUUAGACUAUCUCCCAGACCCGACAGAAUGUGGGAAGAGUAAGAUACCAGUGACGGUUCAUGGUGAAAAGGCCUUGUUGGAUGCGAAGGAGGCGAGUAAAGUAUGUGCUUUGGUCUUCAAAGUCAUGCACGACCCGAAGCGUGGGAUGCUUUCUUAUGUCCGAGUAUACUCUGGCACCCUCCGCGCUGGUGACCAACUCUACAACACAACCCUCCAAUCCCGUGAACGCGCUCUAAAACUCCUUCGCAUGUACGCUAACGAAGCGGUUGAUAUCCCUUCAAUCCGUACCGGCCACAUCGGAGUAAUCGUAAACUACAAAAACUCACGAACAGGAGACACUUUAAUCCAUGCUGACCACGUCACAAACCUCCCCACCUCGUCAUCUUCGUCAUCAAUCCAGAACUUCAAACAACAAAAACGUGAAAAGAAAUUCAAGAAAAAGGUCGAAAAGGCAGGAAAACAUAUUGAUAUUCUUACGGAUGCAAGCCUACAAUUACGUCCAAUUGACGUUCCACCACCGGUAUUCUUUGCAAGCUUGGAGCCGAACUCGGCCGCCGAUGAGAGAGGAAUGCAAGAUGCGCUGUCUAUCAUCGAACGUGAGGAUCCGUCGUUACAUAUCUCAACCGACGAGGAUAGUGGACAAAUGGUGUUGUCAGGAAUGGGAGAGCUACAUCUAGAAAUCUCGCGAAACCGACUUGUUUCCGAUCUAAAAGCCAAAUGCAGCAUGGGUCACAUUCGGAUCGGAUAUAGAGAAGUGGUAAGCGGCUCCGCCACAGUCCACGAAAUCUACGAACGAGAAAUUCUAGGCAAAAAGAGCUAUGCAGGAGUCACCGCCCACGUCGAAGCGAUUUCAAACUACGAAGGGGCAGUAUUCGAAGAACCGCUCGGCAUCCUUGCAAAAUCUACAAUCGGUGGUAAUGAAAUUCUAAUAACCGUCGCAACGACCCAAGAACUUGAGGACCCAACCCUUAAGAUCCCGGGGUGGAUGGAUCCAGAAGUUCUAGUCGAUAACCUUACAAACGGUGCAAUGGCGGCGUUAUCACGCGGACCACAAAACUUUGAACUGCAUUCGACAAGAGUGAUACUUACACUCGAACCAUCCGAUUUUAGAAAUUCGAGUGAAAGUACGCCGAACGCGUUUAUGGUCGCGGCGAGGAUGGGAGUUGAAAAGGCGGUGAGGGAGUGUGGAACGGGGAUGAUGGAACCGUUUAUGAAUGUGGUUGUUAGCUGUGAGGAAGGGGAUGUGGGUAAUGUUGUGGCGGAUAUUACUAGCGGUGCUGGUGGAGGUAGUGUUUUGUCGCUUGACGAUGAAGCUGAUGGUGGCCAUGCACCCACAAGUGCUCACACCGGCGGAACAUAUGACACUUCUUCAUCAUCGUCAUCACUAUCCACUUCACCAGAAGAAGGAGAAAGGAAAGAAGUGGAAUAUAUCGACGUUAGUAAAGUCUAUGCGCCGCCGCAGAGUUAUAGAUCUACAGGCCUGGAGAAGUUCGACGAGGGAGCACAUGUUAGGACGAAACUUGUUAGGUGUAGAGUUCCACUCGCGAAGAUGAUGGGGUAUGUAAAGCAUUUGAAGAGUAUGACAAAAGGUAGGGGUACUUUUGUUAUGAGCAUGGAUAAGUUUGAGAGGAUGAGUGACGUUAGGAUUAGGAAUGCGAUGCGGUAA